GCGUCGCGCAGAAGAUUACAAGUCUCGCCAACUAGAACCACGAUCAAGAACCGAGUGCGCAUACACUGACCCACGUCGCCUCUCUCUCUCUCUCUCUCUCUCUCUCUCUCUCUCUCUCUCUCCUUCUAUAUUCUCCCUUCGCCGUCGCCGGUACCGGAGCUGUUCCAUUCCGGCGUACCCGGCGCAUUAUCACCGUACCCGACGUCACAAUCUCCGAAGAUUCUCUCGGCUCCAAAUUGGCUCACAAAAACGAACAAUCUUAUCCAACAUCACCGCUCCAUUUCCCCAAUUAGGGCUUGUUUGAUCGCCAAAGAUGGUACAUUUUUGGAUUACGCACUAGAUAACGUACGAGCGAUCCUAGUUAAGGAAAGAAAAUACAGUGGCUCUUUGUUCCGUUCUACAAAUUCGAGGCUAAUUUAAUUGCAUUGUUUCCAUUUGUGGUCGUUUUUUAUUUGGAUAAGUAUUCAAUUGAAAUUAGUGUCAUUCUAGGGCAUUGAUCUCCCAAUUUAGUUGCUUUUUUAUAGCUAGAGGGGAGGUGAAUAUAAGAAGUGGUUUUGGUGUGCAAACAUUGGGAGAGAGAAGGAGGGCAUUUGCAGGAGAGACAGAGAGAGAGUUGUGAUGGGGAUGAAGAAUGCGGGAGAGAGCAGACCGGAGAAGGCGAAGGGUUUGAUAGUUUCGCGGCCUCGGGUGAAGCUGUGGAUGAUUAGGGCGACGUCGUCGGUGUUGUUGUGGACUUGUUUGGUGCAGUUGACGGCAUUGGGGGAGACUUGGGGACCUAGGUUGUUAAAAGGUUGGCCUUCUUGUUCCUCUCAGGAUAUGGUGCGUUCAGCUCCGGCGAGAGUGCUGCUUCCACCAAAGAGAGUCUAUGCAAACAAUGGUUACCUGAUGGUCUCAUGCAAUGGAGGGCUCAAUCAAAUGAGGGCAGCGAUAUGUGACAUGGUCGCGAUUGCAAGAUAUUUAAAUUUCACUCUGAUUGUUCCUGAGCUGGAUAAAUCAUCUUUUUGGGCUGAUCCCAGUGAAUUUCAAGACAUAUUUGAUGUCGAUCAUUUCAUUACAUCCUUGAGAGAUGAGAUUCGGAUAUUGAAAGAGCUGCCUCCCAGGCUCAAGAGGAGAGUUGAGCUGGGAAAGAUCCAUACCAUGGCACCCAUUAGUUGGUCUGACAUUUCUUACUAUCAUAAUAAGAUUCUUCCUUUGGUAAAGAGGUACAAAAUUGUGCAUUUGAACAGAACUGAUGCUCGGCUUGCCAAUAACGACCUACCCCUGGAGAUUCAGAAGCUGCGCUGUCGGGUGAAUUUUAGUUCUCUCAGAUUCAUGCCCCAGAUAGAGGAGUUGGGAAGAAGGGUUAUCCGGCUUCUUAGGCAAAAUGGUCCUUUCCUAGUACUUCAUCUCCGAUACGAAAUGGACAUGUUAGCGUUUUCUGGGUGUACUCAGGGUUGCAACAACGAGGAGGUAGAUGAGUUGACAAGAAUGAGAUAUGCUUACCCAUGGUGGAAGGAGAAAAUUAUAAACUCUGACUUGAAGAGGAAAGAUGGUUUAUGCCCUUUGACCCCUGAGGAAACUGCACUUACUCUAAAGGCACUAGAUAUUGAUCGUAAUAUCCAGAUAUACAUUGCAGCUGGAGAAAUCUAUGGUGGACAAAGGAGAAUGGCUAGUCUUGCUGCGGCUUAUCCAAAAUUGGUGAGGAAGGAGACGCUGUUAGAGCCAUUAGACCUUAGGUUUUUCCAGAAUCACUCAUCCCAAAUGGCAGCUUUGGAUUAUCUUGUUUCCCUGGAGAGUGAUAUUUUUGUUCCUACUUAUGACGGGAACAUGGCCAAAGUUGUCGAAGGGCACCGCAGAUACCUUGGGUUUAAGAAGACAAUUCUACUGGACAGAAAGCUUCUGGUUGAUCUGAUAGACCAAUAUAAUGGUGGAUCACUAAGUUGGGAUGAAUUUUCAUCGGCUGUUAAGGAAGUUCAUUCAAAUCGCAUGGGAAGCCCUACAAAAAGGUUGGUGAUUCCCGACAGACCUAAAGAGGAGGAUUACUUCUAUGCCAACCCUGAGGAGUGUUUUCAAUCAUCCACUGAACUACUCAAGAAUACAUGAACUUUUAUUAGGUGGGCUGCAUUUGAUUAAAAUUCUCCAGAUUUAUGAAUAGUUCUAUAUAUACACAUCUGCCCAGAGAUGGAUUUUGUUUCUGAGGCGGCAAUCUUGAAGAUUAUGGUAGGAGCCAUAUCCGAAAGCAUGAGAGAGGUGCAGCUGGGGAAUGCAUUAAUGCCUGUUUUAUUCGGGUAAUUCGGUGUACAGAAACUACCUGCCAUUGUUGGGUGAUGCGGACUCAACUGCAGUGUUUGCAGUGGGGGUUGCAAAGUAUAGAUUCAAUUUACUGAAAAUUUGGAUUCUUGUAAGGUUACUCGAUUUAAAUCUUGUUCGCAAACAUGGUUGCGAAUUCAUGUUUUGGAAUCUAUUGAAUUUGGCAGACUUCUUUCAUUUCAUAGUUGAACUUUAUUCAGAACAGAAUUGCUCA